AUGACUACAAUUUUAGAGAGACGCGAGAGCGAAAGCCUAUGGGGUCGCUUCUGUAACUGGAUAACUAGCAUUGAAAACUGUCUUUACAUUGAAUGGUUUGGUAUUUUGAUGAUCCCUACUUUAUUGACCGCAACUUCUGUAUUUGUUAUCGCUUUUAUUGCUGCCCCUUCAGUAGAUAUUGAUGGUAUUCAUGAGCCUGUUUCUGGAUCUCUACUUUAUGAAAACAAUAUUAUUUCGGGAGCCAUUAUUCCUACUUCGGCGGCUAUAGAUUUGCACUUUUACCCGAUAUUGGAAGCGGUAUCUGUUGAUGAAUGGUUAUACAAUGGCGGUCUUUAUGAACUAAUUGUUCUACACUUCUUACUUGGUGUAUCUUGUUACAUAGGUCGUAAGUGGGAACUUAGUUUUUGUUUGGGUAUGCGCCCUUGGAUUGCUGUUGCAUAUUCAGCUCCUGUUGCAGCGGCUACUGCUGUUUUCUUGAUCUAUCCAAUUGGUCAAGGAAGCUUUUCAGAUGGUAUGCAGCAUUGUGCUUGCCGAAGAUUUGCUUCGGCGAGCUCGGGGACACGCUUGUCAAAUUUUAAAAUCUUUUAG